AUGGUUUUUGUAAGCAAUUGGUCGUUUGUGGUGAUGCUAGUGGCGACAUGGUUGGAAUUUACAAAUAUACGUUUGGUUAAUGCACACAAAUACUCCGAGAGUUCAAAUAUAAUUAAGCGGCCUACAAAACCUUCAGAAGUUGAAAGAAUGUACAAUAACUCUUUCAUAAGCGACAUUAAAUUUACGUUUGGAGAUAAAAAAUCUGGAGAAGUAUUCUACGCACACAAAUUUGUGUUGGCCAUGAGCAGUCCUGUAUUUAAUGAGAUGUUUUAUAGCAAGACAGAGACAGAGAAACCUAUCAAGACCAUUCAUUUUCCUGACCAAAAUACCGAAACCCUUGCUGGAUUUUUUAGCUUUAUUUACAAAGAAGAGUGCCCGAAAGACUUCGAGAAAGACCUAGAGGUGUUGCGUUUGAUAAAAAAGUAUGAAAUUGUUUCCUUCGAUUCAGCUUGUAGCCAUUCCUUUCAACGCAACACAGAAUUACAAAAGGCCUGUAAGCUUUUGGAUAAAUUUUUAGAAAUGAAAGCGGAAGCGUUAGCUGAAAUAUGUAUGGAUAAAAUAGACCUAUAUGCAGACGAAUAUUUCGCCUCAGAGUACUUUCUAAGUAUUAAACAAAGCACGCUGAACAUUUUACUGGACAGGGACACGCUAUGGUAUAACGAGACGGAUCUAUUUAAAGCUGUAUUGAAGUGGGCUGAUCACCAAUGUUCAUUGCAAAAUUUGAUAACAACGCAGGAAGACCGCAGAAAGGUAGUUGGUAAUGCGAUAUAUUCCAUCCGGUUUCUGCUUAUGAAUCAAAGUGAAUUUGCGACACAUGUUCUGCCAACAGAUAUUCUAGAUGAUCACGAAAUGGUCGAAAUAAUAAAGUGGAUGGCUGGUGAACAAGUGCCUUACUUAGCCUGGGAUAUAGCUAAAUUAAGAAACAAACGGCUUCCAGAGUGGCUUCCAGCUACUACGAAGAGUAAAUCGUGGACACACUAUUUCGGAGUUUUUGUCUUUGGAUACUUAAUUCCUUCAAUUAAGUAUUUAAUUUUUGGCAUAGGUAUUUGUUUCUGUUUUGCUAUAGGGCAGGAUAAAUGGAAACACGGUUUUUAA